AUGGUAAAGGAGACAAAGUACUAUGACGUCCUGGGCGUCUCGCCUACAGCAACAGACAGUGAACUUAAGAAGGCCUACCGGAAAUUGGCGCUGAAGUACCAUCCUGACAAAAAUCCGGAAGGUGGCGAGCAAUUCAAGUUGAUAUCUCAGGCUUAUGAAGUUCUCUCUGAUGAAAAGAAACGACAAAUAUAUGAUCAAGGUGGAGAGGAAGCGCUUCAAGGCGGUGGCGGUGGUGGAGAAUUCCACAAUCCUUUCGAUGUUUUCGAUAUGUUCUUUGGGGGAGGAAGACGUCAAAGAGAGCGCGGUGUUCGACCUACUGUUCAUCAAAUGAAAGUCUCUCUGGAACAACUAUACAACGGAUUUUCUAAGAAACUCAAGGUUACUAGGACAGUCAUCUGUACGGACUGCAAAGGCCUUGGUGGCGUGGCCGGUUCUGUUGUUAAAUGCAGCGAUUGCAAAGGUAGAGGGAUGAUAAUAAGAGUGAUGCAAUUGGCACCUGGAAUGAUCCAGCAAGUUCAGUCUCCUUGCUCUGCAUGUAAGGGAGCUGGCGAAGUGAUUCCAGCUAAAGAUCGUUGUAAAGGAUGUCAAGGACAAAAGAAGCGCAAAGUGGAAGAAAUUCUAGAAGUUCAUGUAGAAAAAGGUAUGAAAGAUGGCGACAGGAUCAUGUUUGAAGGAAGAGGAGAUGAAGAUCACGAUGUUCCUCCUGGAGAUAUUGUGAUCGUUCUCGAUGAGAAGGAUCACCACACAUUUUUCAGGAAAGAUGACAACCUGAUAAUGAAUAUUGAUAUCCAGCUGGUUGAAGCAUUGUGUGGAUUUUCUCGUGUCAUCAAAACUUUAGAUGAUAGGACUCUGUAUUUUAACGUUUUACCAGGCGAAGUGAUCAAGCACUCGGAUAUGCGGGUUAUUUUUGGAGAGGGUAUGCCACAUCGAAGGAAUCCCACAGAGAAGGGUGAUCUUAUUCUGCAAUUCCGUGUCGUAUUUCCAGAUAAGCUGACGCCAGAAGCUCGGCGGAAGCUUCAUGAUCUUCUUCCUGGCAAAAGCGAAUGCUUGGUUGGGGACGAUGAUGAGGUCUUCGAGCUAAGUGAGAUCGCGAUGAGCCGUUCACGCCACGACGACCAUCAGGGUCACGAAGAGGGCGGAGUCCGUUGUCAGCAUCAAUAA